AUGGGUAUUUCCAUUAGGAUUCACAUACGUCUCAUUCUCUGGACUAUUUGCUCUCACUGGCAUGCCCUUAGUGUCACUGCAAGGACAUUUGAAUGCUUUCAAUCGCGACCAGACAUUUGUGCCCCGAUCUUAAACAUCACUCACUAUGAACAAGAUCAUGUAACUCCAGGGUAUCUCUUCAUCACACCCUAUGAUAUGACAACAUGUAACGACGGUCCUUAUAUCUUCAAUCACCUCGGAGAGCUAGUCUGGUAUGGCGCAGUUGGCGUUGAAUUCGUACACAACCUUCACCCAUGUCACAUUACAGGUCAAGAUAAACUAUGCAUGUUAAAAAUGCGUCAUGGCAAAGGAGUUACUGCGUCGGGUCCGGUUAUUCUUUUCGAUCUAGGUCUCUACACCCCCGAGGGAGAAAGAGACUUUACCGAAAUCAACAUCGGUGUAGAGCCCGAUAUGCAUGAGUUGAAUAUUGUCGAUAAUGGAACAGCAAUCAUCACAACAUGGCUGGAUAUCAGGCGUUGGGACUUAUCUUCUGUCGGGGGUCCCUUGGAUGGAUAUCUACGGACAGCGGGGUUUCAGGAACUUGAUAUUGAGACACAGGCUGUGAGUUUCAUGUGGGAUCCUGCGGAUUAUAUCGAGAUAGAGGAAUCCCAAAUGGAGCUUGGGCGAAAAUGGGGAGAUGGCAUCAGUCCUGAGACUGGUUGGGAUUAUUUUCAUAUCAAUUCUGUUGACAAGACUCAGAGAGGAGACUAUUUGAUCUCCGCGCGCCACACAAGCACCAUAUACAUGAUCUCUGGACAAAAUGGGACCAUCCUAUGGAGGCUCGGAGGCCGCAGAUCCGAUUUUACAUUUGAGUCCGGACUGAACUUCAGCUCUCAGCACCAUGCCCGAGUACAUCACGAGAACGAGGAAGAAGGAAUUAUGCAGAUCUCACUUUUCGACAAUGCAUCCGAUGAAUGGCACCAUUCAGCUUCAUCUUCUUCCGGUCUCGCGCUGCAUCUAGACCUGAAAACCAUGCACGCCUCUCUGAUCCACCGGUACACGACGCCCCAAGACAUCGUGACAACAAGAGAGGGAAGCGUGCAAUUCUUGGACAGUGGUAAUGUCUUUGUGUAUUGGGGUGGAACACCAUUCCUCAGCGAGCAUGAGCACACUCCAGAUGGACCGCGUACUGUUUUCGAAGCAUGGCUGGCUGACCCAACUGGGUAUUGGUAUCGAACCUACAAGGCCAACUUUACCACUGCGCCGACAACAAGUCCUGAUCUCUACGCUAUGGCAGAGUAUGUCUCUGGGCCGACAGUUUGGUUUGUUUCUUGGAAUGGAGCUACCGAGGUUCAAGGAUGGAGAGUUUAUGCGUCGCAGGAGCAGUGGGAUGGGUAUGAACUGGUCGGAUACUUUGAGAAACGCGGAUUUGAAACCAGGAUCGAACGCGAUGAUUACUUUGAAUGGACGACCAUUGAGGCUGUUGGUCGGAAUGGCUCUGUGAUGUCCAGUUCAUUCCUGCCAUUGCGUACGUCCGUGAAGGACUCGCCUCGAGACACAGGGCAAAUUGUCCUACAUGCAUAA